AUGUGGCUCCUCAAACACACUAAAAAAUACACGGAAAAAUAUGAUGAAAAGAUAAAAAAAUGAUAAACGUAAAAUAAAAUAAACAGAAAGAGAAAAAAAAGAAAAAGGGAAAAAAGAAACAGAAAAGAGUAGAAACAGCAGAGCUACCAUGGGGCGGCCGAAACUGGGGCUUCGGGAGGCUGGGCUUCAGCGAACCCACAUACUACUGCGGUCCGGUCCUCCCUCAAAUCAGUGGUUCCUUUAGUCCCACCUCGCCUGAUGAAGACAAGGUGUCGGAGAGCUUCGGCUAUAUAAGAGGCCGCCCCCUGGAUCUGCAGCCCGUCUCGCCCUCGCUACCUAGCACACAAACCCUAACCCUAGGCCUCCCGCGCAAUCCCUAACCUUAGCACGUCCACCGUCAUGGCCAGCGGCAACGCGUCCACCGUCUACCUCUCCGUCGUCGAGGAAGUCCUCGCCAAAGUUCGUAAGGAGUUCAUCACCUCCGGCGUUGGCGACGCCGUCCUCAACGAGCUCCAGUCUCUCUGGGAGACGAAGUUGCUGCACUGUGGCGCAAUCUCAGGGAACACCGACCGCAACAGGGCUCCCCCCGCGUCCGCUUCACCCGUGCGCGACCUCAACGUGCCCUACGAGGCCACGUCCGAGGAGUACGCCACCCCAACCGCCGACAUGCUCUUCCCACCGACGCCGCUGCAGACACCGAUCCAGACACCGCUUGAAGCUGGGAUCGAUACGGGGCCGUUGGACUAUGCCCCAUCGCCGAUCAGUGCCAUGAGAAACGGGAUGGGGAUGAUGAACGGGGCUGAUCCAGAGACUGGCCGCCCAAGCCCUUUCAUGCAACCUCCGUCGCCCUGGAUGAAUCAGAGACCACUGGGGCUUGAUGUCAACCUUGCUUUUGCUUAUGAUGAGGAGAUCCGGAUGAUGAUGCAACCCCAGCCACUGACGACCAAGGAUUUUCUCAUGAUGUCUUGUGGAAAACGGAAGAGGGAUGAAUAUCCUUCAGCUGGUUCAUUUGUGCCACAACAGGAUGGAUGUGCAGACCAGGUUGCGGUUCAUUAUGAUGCAACCCCAGACUACAAUACCCCUGGGGAAUCUUCGGAAUAUCAAACUCCCACACCUGCUGUUGCAACACCAAAGCCAAGAAACGAUACAGCGGGUGGUGAAGAUGAUGAUGAACCUCCUCUUAAUGAAGAUGACGACGACGAUGACGACAUAGAUGAUGACUUUGAUGAGACGCAGCACCUUGUCCUCGCACAAUUUGACAAGAUAACAAGGACAAAGAAUCGCUGGAAGUGCACUUUGAAGGGUGGAAUCAUGCAUUUGAACGGCAGAGAUGUUCUAUUCAACAAGGCUUCAGGAGAGUUUGAUUUUUGAAUUUUAUUUCAUGGUGAUUAAAGAUGAUGUUUUAGGUGCCUGCUGUAUCUACUGUCUUUAACACAAGGAAGGGAAGGUGACAAAAGAGUACUGGAGUUGUGGCGAGUUUGGCACUAUGAUCGUGUCUCGUGUUUUCCUGUUGAUUGAGGCUUGGUUAACCACUUGGUCUGCUUACCAUAACUCAUGUGUCACUGUAAAAAUGGUACAGUUGGUACGAUUGUGGACAUUUACUUGAGAUGGUCACUUAAAGCUGCUGGGACGAUCUUCUGGUGGGACGAUCUUAGCUCAUAAAAAUCAUCAAGAAAAAAGUAGUGGCUGCAGAGUUGUACGGAGAAAAGGGAAAGAGAGAAGGGACUGCCUAUUCUUAAGUCGACUGAUUUUUAUUUGGGGUUAAGUCGAAUUUCUGUCAUAUGAUGUGCUUCCACGUGUCUUGUUUUGAUUUUUGAUGUUGUCAU